GCAGGUUAAAACAAAUCAGAGAAGUUUUCACAGAUCCCAUUCGCCUCUAGCCUGUUGUUAGCUGUCCAAUCCCAGAGGAUCUCAUGGGAUCCCGCUUCUUUCAGCGAGAAGAAUCAGAUCAGUGGAGUGGAAAUCAGGCAGAGAUAAGGUCAGCCUGCUGGAUGGGGAGAAGAGGGCAGGUUAAGCGUUUUUCCGCUGAUGUGAGCGAGGAUGAGGCGUAUAAAUUUAGAGCUGUGAUGUUCAGUUUGGUUCUCGGUACCUGCUCUAACACAACACAGCAUCUUAACACAACAGGUCCCAUCAUGGAAGAUGCCAUCUGCACCCUGGUUACACAGUUCAAGACGUAUGCUGGGAAAGACGGAUCCUCCAGCACCCUGAGCAAAGAUGAAUUCCAAAACCUGGUGAUCUCUCAGCUGCCAAACUAUGUCAAGAACGCCAGCGACCCUAAGGUCGUGGAGGAGCUCAUGGGUUCACUGGACGAGAACAACGACGGGGAGCUGACGUUCUCUGAGUUCUGGCAGCUGAUUGGAACACUGGCCAGCAAACAGGGGGGGUUCCCUCAGUAGAAAACUAGUCUCUGAGCCUGAUUGUGCAACUCCACUCAUAUUGAUCUCUCCAACAUUGCUUUUUAUCCCUCCACUUGUGCCACAUGUGUAACUCUUUAGUUAACCAUUUCAUGAAUGCAGGGAACUUUGAAUUAAAGGCGUCAUUGUCUGGA